UCACGUAACUAGGUUUCAACUAUAGAAAUCAAGUUCAUUUACAAAUGUUCAUCUCUGUGCAAGGUUCAGUGAAAAACCAAGGAAUUUUAUUUCGAAUGCUUGAGUAUUCUCAUUCGAAGCAAGAUGAAGGAUAUAACGGCUUUUACUGUUAUGAUAACUGGAACCCUAUUUCUUAUUCAUUUUCAUGUAGCGAUUGUUGCAGGGUUCUAUAAUGAUCCCUAUUUCCCUGGCAACCCAGGAUGGAUGGCGAAUUUCCAUAACCAGAUGAACCAAAUGUAUGAAACAUUUAAUGAUCCUUUUUUUCCGGGAAAUCCUGGAUGGAUGGAGAAUUUGCACCGAAAUAUGUUUGUAGUACCAGUGAAUCCUUUUCGUCCACGCCCUAAGCCCCGCAAACCUCGUAAGCCAAAAAUCGUAAAAAUCAGUAUCGAAGAUAAAAAUCAAGGGGCACAAGAGAUUUCGGUGUUGAAAGAUCCUCUUACAGCUCUUAUUGAAGUAGUAGGGAACAGCGACGAGAAAGAAAAGGAGAAAGAGAAAGAUCCUGUUACAACUCUCAUAGAGGAAGCUGAGAAAGAGACUGUGAAAGAAAAGGAGAUUCCCAACUCACCUUGCAAAGAAGUGCCAGACCCAAAAAUCAAAUUUCAAGAGAACAAUUACGACUCAUCUGUGAUGUUUUGGCAGAAUGGUGUACAACUAGUACCAAAAACUGAGAAAAAGUAUUAUUUGUGUACCGAUAAGAAAUACGGCAAAGAUGAUUACUAUAAAAUUAAAACCGUAAAAUCGUUUGGGCCAAAUUCGUUCAGUUCCUGGGAAGAUACCUAUGAUUUGAAGGGGAACAAAAUGGGCUUUGGUUCAUAUAAUAGUCAUAUGAAAAAAUGACUCGGUCUCGAAUCUACGCACUUUCAAGGAAUGAAACCUAUAAUAAGUACUAAUCAUAUUAAAUUUUAAAAUUACUGUAAGUAUUUGGGAUGAAUUAAGGUUGUAUAAGUUGAUUUGCAAGUCAAUACCAGCAAGAUAUAUUCUAUUCAAUAAAAAGACUAAGAAAUUGUCAAAGAAGCAUCCCUUAGUCUUCUCAUUUAAUAUGAGUAAUAAAUAAUAAUUAUCACAAUAUCAACUUCUAAACUACACAAAAAAUAUAUUCUAUUCAUGAGAA